AUGAAUAAAACAUCACCGCCAGAAGCUGAAAAAAUUGACGAACAAGUAGAUAUAUCUUCCACUAAGGAUGAUAGCACUUUUACUAGUGGUGAUGACGAUGCUGAUAUAGCAUUGAAAUUUUUGACUCAUAAAAAUGCCAAGAGUUACGUCUCGGAAGAAGAUGAAGAAUUAAAUACAACUGAAAAGAAUUUUUACGGUUCAUCAGCAUUACCUCCCAAAUUACUUAGAAAAAUCGAUGCUUGUGUUCUAACAUUCUUGUGCUUUGCCUAUCUGUUGAUGUUCUUGGAUAAGACGUUGUUGAAUUAUGCAGCAUCAAUGGGUAUUAAAGAACAUUUGAAAGGUAAUGAGUUUUCCAAUCUGGGAACAAUAUUUUACGCAUCUUACAUCUUUAUGGAGCCCAUUGUCAGUUUUUUAAUUCAAAGAUAUCCAUUAUCCAAAGUCAUGGGAACUUUCAUUACAUGUUGGGGAAUUGUCCUGGCAUGCCAUUGCGCCUGUAAAUCGUAUACAUCCUUGAUGAUCGUCCGUACUCUAUUGGGUGUGUUUGAAUCUUCAAGCGCCGUCGGUUGUAUCACAAUCAGUGGUAUGUACUAUACCAAAUCCGAGCAAUGUGCUAGAAUCGGAUAUUGGACAAGUCAAGCGGGAACAGGUUAUAUCGUUGGUGGUCUCAUAUCAUUUGGAUUCUUACAUUAUCAUGGUAAAGAUUUCACCUCAUGGCAAAUCAUGUUUUUGGUUGUAGGACUCUUUACAGUGCUCUUUGGACUGCUAACUUUGGUAAUUCUGCCUGAUAAUGUAACCAACGCCUGGUUCCUUUCAGAGGAGGAAAAAAUCCUUGUAGUGAAGCACAUUAAAGAUAACCAAACUGGAUUGGAGAAUAAAAAAUUCAAAUGGAGCCAUAUUAAGGAGUUAUUUUUACACGAUAAACUGACUUGGCCCAUGUUAGUUAUCACCGCAUGUUCACAAAUGACAACUGGUGCUAUUGGAACUUUCUCUGUGACGAUCACUCAAACUUUCGGAUUUGAUAAAUAUGUUACAGCAUUAUUACAACUACCCAUCGGUGCCAUUACAAUUAUAAUUAUGAUAAUCACCACUCAGAUGAUGUCCAGAUGGGGUCAAAUUACCCUAGUGACCACUUCCAUGUACAUUCCCACCAUCAUUGGUUGCAUAGUAAUGCUAUCACUCCCAUUAUCCCACAAGAUCGGUAACCUUUUCUCCCUGUACCUGCUCUAUAGUGGAUCCUCUGUCAUUACAAACAUCUACGUUUGGAAUUCUUUGAAUACUUCCGGUUACAGUAAAAGGAUCUUUCGUAAUGCCGCUACGCUGAUGGUGUAUAGUUUGGCAUACAUCUUAGCACCUCAAACUUUCAGAGAGGCCAAUUACCCCGGCUAUGUCCCUGCUAAGAUAACGCUACUAGUGACUCAGUGCAUUUGUGUACCUUUGCAACUGUACGUCGGUUAUGUGUGUCUAACAGAAAACAAAAAGAGAGAUAAAGAGCAGGAAGGUAAAGAUGUGGGUAAAUAUGACUUCCGCGAUUUGACUGACAUUCAAAAUAGGAAUUUCAGGUACAUGUAUUAA